UUAAAGCGUUUGGUGGACGAAAGGCUGUCUGCAAUUUCUUUUUUGCCUGACAGUUGCCAUUUUUCAUGUCACCCGAAGAUUACCAAAAGUCAGAUGUUGCCGUAUGUGUAUAAAACCCAAUUCCCCAAUCAGUCUUAAAGUAUCGGUAGUUAUUGUGUUCACGGACACUCUGGAUGUGGAACACCUGCCCCCCACAGGCACUUGUAUCGGUCAACAAAACGCAUACAAUGCAAUAUUACACCCCCGUAGCCUCCAGAUCAACUAAAGGUUCUGACUGGGCAGACAUCCAACAGACAUCUAUAUGUAUAUAUGGACCGCCAGAAAGCUUUGUACUGCAUAACAUUCAGCCAUGUUCCAUCUUAUUGAUUAGAGAAAGUUACACGAGUUCUAUGUGACGUUUAUUCCUGGAUAUAUAAGAAAUCAUCCAACUUGGCAUCUAAGAAAACACCAGAAACCAACCUCAACACCUCAUGUAACACUAGAAGCAUCACCAUCAUGGAGCAUUCCAAAGAGAAGGAGACUUUCUUCAAAUUUGUCACUUCUGGUAAAAGUAACAGAAAAUUUUUUUGUCAAACGAACAAGUGAUUACUCUAAAAAGUGGGUGAUUUGAAUAUUGAUGAAAUUAAUAAGUGUAUUAAGGAGUAUGUCACUUCUAUAGCCAGUGCCAGUGAAAUAAGUCAAACAAAUUGACGGUUUUACCCAUCCAGAAAGACCAUAUACAACAUAGUUUACAACACUAUAAACUUAUUAAGGUACAUCAAAGAUGAUCAAUUUAAAUUAAAGAUGUUAUGUUUAACUUGGUUUUAUAGGCAUCCAAAUGCUAAUGUUUAUUUUAGACCUUCGUCUGACUGUCCACAUGACAAAGAUGUUGACAGGCUACAUAAUGAGUCAACCAAAUGUACUAACCAAGAGGUUGACGAGCCACAUGAUGAAUCAGUUCUUGAUGAUCUCACAUCUCAAGAAAGGGAUGACAGCAACACAAGUAAGUAUACCCAGAAAAAAGAAAAUUCAACCUCAGGAAUAUUUCCAGUAUGAAAUGUGUGUACCCAAAGCUCAAGAUAAAUACUAAAACAGUGUUUGCUGUAAACAAGAUGAUGGUGAAGAAUCAGGGUAAAAGAAUGUUAAUGAAAUUGAUAAGAGAAUUAAAAAGUAUAUCUUUUUCUAUAGCUAGUGCCAGUGAAAUAAGUCAAGCAAAUCGACGGUUUUACCCAUCUAGAAAGACCAUAUACAAUUUAGUGACAGAACAAGGCACAACAUUGAAUCAGUACUUCACUGUGACAAUAAUAUGAAAAGAUGUGUUCAAGAAAAACAAUGUCAUAUGCAUGAAGAAAAUUGUGAACAAAAAAUUGGAAUUUACAUUGGUAUUAAAAAUAUGCUAAAAUGGUGGACGACAUCAUGGAGAAGGAAUCCAUAGCUUCUGUAUCGACAAAACCACCCGAUCACCAAAAAAGAAGACCUUUGAAAAAAUCGUGGCAAGGCAAAUGCACACAAGAUGGCCAAUUCAAGACUGGAAAUUACCGAAAGAAGACCCCCAUGUGAACAGUGGUCAGGUGAAGUUGUCAGCAUACAUGAACCAUGGUCUCCUCACUGUUCACGUGAUCCAGGCUCGUCAUCUCAGCUCGGCAUGGAAACAACAACCAAACACGUUCGUCAUGAUCUCUCUGAUCCCUGAGGACACAGAAGUGACCCCCACACGCUGUAGGACUGCCAUUGUCACUAACAGCACACAUCCGUCGUACAACGAGAAGUUCUCUUUUGAGGUAGGUGAUGACGAUGUUCACAGACGCCUCUUGUUGACUGUCUAUCACAGAGACUAUUCUGGGAACCACGAGUCUCUUGGUUGUACAUCUUUUGGUAUCCGUCACCUUCAGCAGGGGAACCGUGAAGUCAAUGGUUGGUACCACCUUCUCACAGACAGUGUUGGUCACAAGAAGCAUCUACGUGUCACCGUCAAGGACAGGCCUUCAGUUCCUGUGAUGCAGAGCCGAGAACCACGCCAAAUACCAGCCGUCAACCGAGAUGUACCAGAUCUUGACCGUCUUGAGCUUACUAUCUACCGGUCCCAGUAUGGUGGUUUUGGUUUCACAGUCGUUGACUCCUGUCCAGUGAAGAUUGGUCGAGUUGAUGGGUCGUCUUACGCUCAGGAAGCGGGUCUUCAGAAGGGUGAUCUUGUUAUCCGUGUCAAUGGUCAGAAUGUGUCAAGGUCAACGUCGGUCAGUGUGGCAAGGUGCAUAAAGAAGUCAGGUAGUCGUGUACAGCUAGAGGUUCAGCGCCCAGGUCACUACGCCACUCCCACACAUCUCCAAACCUCCCCAGUGAAGUCAUGUAGCGACGAGUCUGGUAACAACUCAGUCCAGGAAUUCACGCUUUGCGACGAUAGAACAGCGCUACUGAACUCUGCCAUUAGUGUAGACACACGCAGGCAGGCCGCUCUUCACCGUUUGUUGUGCCUUGAAGAGAACUUUGUUGACCUAAUGAACACUGGAAUCCAGAAGUUUUCUCGCCCACUUCGUCACUGUGUUAUCACCAGUACCCAGCAUGCAACACUCUUCCAGAACAUUGAAAAGAUUGUGUGUAUGAGCCAGUACCAAGUACGUCAGAUUCUCGACAACCUCCCGUCCUACACUCCCUCUGACGAUGAUGAUACAGACAACUCCUUUGUUGGUGAGAGUGACCUUACAUCUGCUGUCGCCAUGAUCUACCUCUCUAAGCUGCCAGUGAUCUGUGGUGCCUACAUGACGUACACCCAGGGUCUGUCUAAUACCACUUCCCUGCUUGGUUCCCUGGAGAAGAAUGACCAAUUCUGUGGUUUCCUGCUCAACGUCUCGAGAGAAGGGAAGGAACUCAGUUUGUGUGACUUCAUCAACCGUCCACUGGCUCACAUGCAGGAUCUGUGUGGUCUACUCCAGAUUGUCUGUGACACUACCAUGCCUCACUCCGAGGAACGGGCCAUGUUCUCCGAUAUUCUCUUAGGCCUGCAGUCUGUUGUUGACCAGAUUUCAUGCACAGCCACUGUUGCCAGCUGUUUUCGUGCCAGGGCCCUAGACGUAUUUCAGCCUACCAUCCACUCUCAGCGGCGUGUACCACUUAUGGGAUCCUUAGUCUUGCAACGUUCGUCUUCCGAGAGGUCGUCAUCCAGCGGGUUUGGAAGUGGAUCUUCCCAGCAGUCUGACAUUCCUUCGUGUAUGUCCGAGAGUGUGUUCUGUGAUCAUACUAUGUUAUUAAGUAGACUUGUGUGAAUUAGUGUCUGGAAUAUAAGAUUGUUCUAUGUGUAGUGCUGUAUGACAGUGAAUUCUGAAGAUGCUAGUUCUUGGAGAUCUGUUACAAUGAAGAUGUUUUAAUAGUGUUAUAUGUACUUUAUGUGAUUUGUUAUGCCUUUUGUUGAUAUUGUUAAUUGUUUUAAUUUAUUGUAAAUAACUGCAAAUCAAGUGCUAUAAAUAUGUAAAUUAUUUGUUGUAUCUUUUCUAUUUCUUUUUCUGGGCUGUAUUCUAUAAAACUUUUGUUUCACUACAAAUCUGUAAUGCUAUCUCUGAAAAUGUUAUUCCAUGUUUUUUCUUUCUGUAUAUGUGUGUUUCUUUCAACAUAUCGUUGUCUUUUUUCUUUCAUUACCUACCUAUCUGUGUGUUUUGUAAAUACUGUAUGUUUAUAUUCUGACUUUGCCAUUCCUGAA